UUAGGAAAAAACUUUCCUGGUUUAGAAGUCCUUUCCAAGGCUGCAAGAAUUUUCCCAAACACUGCCUAUAUUACGGUCAUAUACUGCUUUCGGCGAAGAAGAUCGCUGCAUCCGAUUCACGCAACCAUGGCGAUGCAGGCUGGGGUAUCGACAUCCAAAGUUCUAAUCCUCGUCGGAGCCGGGCUGACUAGUUCUGUUGUUUUGAGGAGCGGACGAUUAUCUGAUAUCAUUUCACAGCUUCAAGAGUUAAUAAAAGGUGUGAAUGAAACUGAAAUUUCGUCUGGCAAGUAUGACAGUGUGCUUCUUGCAACCCAGAUUCGACAAUUGGCACAAGAGAUCAAGGAGUUAACAGUAGCCAGUCCUAUAACCAUUUUCAAUGGAAAUUCUACUUCCAGUGGGAAUUAUUCUUCGUACUUAAUGCCAGCUGCAGCACUCGGAGCAAUGGGAUAUUGUUACAUGUGGUGGAAGGGUUGGUCGUUCUCUGAUGUAAUGUUCGUGACAAAGCAUAAUAUGGCAAAUGCUGUUGCAACUGUGUCAAAACAGUUAGAGAAUGUAUCUGAAGCAUUGGCUUCAACAAGGAGACAUUUAUCAAAGAGGCUGGAAAACUUGGAUUGGAAGAUGGAUGAGCAGAUGGAAACAUCUAAGCUUAUUGCAAAUGAUGUAAAUGAUGUGAAGUCAAAUCUUAAUCAAAUUGGGUAUGACAUUGACAUAAUCCAUCAGAUGGUAUCUGGGUUGGAAGGAAAAAUUGAUCUUCUUGAAAGCAAGCAGGAUGUGACUAAUUCAAAUGUGUGGCGUCUAUGUCAAAUAGCUGGAGGCAUUAAGGAUGGUCUAAACGCCAAACUUUUUCAGGAUGUUGAGGCUGCUAAGCUAAUAAACCAUUCAACUGUGGCAUAUGAAGAUAAUUUCCUGAAGGGGCUUCAGUUCAUUGCUGAUACCAACGAGUUGAGCGCAACAGAGAAAUCAAUAGUAAGCACAAAAAAGAAUGAUCUUGUUGACGUUCCUGCCAAGAGUGUCUCAACUGUGAAAAUGAGAAUUCAUAGGCCUUAUCCAGUUGGGAUGUCUUUGACAAGGGACAUCUUGGGAUAAUUUUCAUGAUAUGGUGAUCAAUUUUGGGAGUGACCCUCUUCCUAUCAACCCCAUUUUUUUAUUUUUAUUUAUUUUUUUUAAGGUUGAAGUGGCUGACUUUGAUUUGUGUCAUCUACUAUCAAAAGAUAUAUGCUGGCAUUUUGUUGUACAUCCAUAUAUUUAUUUUCUUUGGUGGGAGUUGUACAUCCAUAUUGUUGAAGGUAAACAUGUUCAAAUAAUACACGACCAGUAAGCUGAGGUUGAUACUGAUUUUCGAUUCCAAUUUGUAAGGGAAAGAAAAAUUUGAGGAAGGAAUAUUUGAACUAUUGACCGGCAAUUCUCUUCAAUUCAUUGGAAAUCAUUGUAGUUAGUGUGAAUUGCAUUAAACUCUUGUCGA